AUGAACCGGGUACAUCGCUUCAUUCGGUCAACACCUCUAUGCAGAACAUACUUUACCGCCCCUACUGUUGCCCCUUCUGCAGCCAUUGUACCCAAUAGAUCACUCCUCAAGAUCUCAAGCUCCGAUGCAACUGAAUUUUUGAACGGCUUAACAACGAGGAAGGUGAUUCCCAAGCCCAGUGCGGGGAUCUUCUCGACGUUCAUUCAUGCUCAAGGCAGAGUGCUAUACGACUGCUUCAUAUACCCGGUCGAAGAUGGUUUCAUAAUCGAGUAUGAUCGUCGACCGAUACUCUCCCUACGCGACUACCUUCGCCGAUAUGUGCUUCGGUCUCGCGUCAAGUUCACGGAUGUGACCGACCAAUGGAGCAUUUACCAGCUAUUCGGAGGAUAUGAGCCACCUAUGAAAUGGCAGUGGCAGUGGGGACCAGGUGGAGCGCUGGAACCCGUCUGGGAGGACGAGCCCGCGAAGGAGUUUCCUAGCGCUCUCGACAGACGAGCACCUGGGAUGGGUAGAAGAUGGCUGAUACCGACGGGGGGAAAACCACCGACUAGCGGACAAGGUUAUACGGAGGUUGACAGUAUGGCAUACACACUCCACCGAGUCAUGAUUGGCGUACCCGAGGGCGCGGACGAGAUCGUUCACGGUCAGGCAUUGCCAUUCGAUAUGAACCUCGAUAUGAUGGGUGGCAUCGACUUCCGCAAGGGCUGCUACGUUGGACAGGAGCUCCUGGUUCGCACCUACCAUACCGGCAUUGUGAGAAAGCGGACGUGGCCCGUUACUCUCUACCGGAAAGGCGACGAACCUCCGUUCACUCUCAUGAUCUUGCCCGAAGGACGGCGUCUGCCCCCUCCUGGAACGGCCAUCCCGAUUCCAGGAGCACGCGGCAAGGGUCGACUGUUGUGUGCGUACCAAAACGUUGGGUUGGCUGUAUUGCCACUAUCGAAGGGUGAAAAGUCUAAUGGUGAGGUGGAAUUGGCCCUCAAUUGGGAGGAGGAUCCGGACUGGAUGAUUAUGCCAAGGCAUCCAAAGUGGUGGCCUACACGAGAGGGACAGCACGCGACGUUACGUAGUGAACAAUAGAUUAUGCGAUGUCAUCUUAACCGGAACCAGUUGUAUCUUAACAAUGUCUGUUUAUAUAGUGUCCGACAUCUUAUUGUCG